CGCUCGCCGCCGCUCCACCACCAUUCCCCCAACCAGGCACCAGUCCACACUCUCCGCCGCGCCGCGACGCGAGCGAGCGACCGACCGGGCUCCCUGUCCUCCGCUCCCCUCCCGCCGCGCGUGCUGGUCCGGGCGCGCCUGGGCUGGGCUGGUCUCGUCUGGCUCUCGGUUGAUGCAGCAGCGGGGCCUCGCCCACAACCGCCGCUCCCGCGGCUUCUCCCGCUCCCGCCUCGCCGUCGAGGGCGCCUGAACGCACGAACCCCCCACGCGGUGCUCACCCCAACAAAAAGAAAAACCAAAGCUUUCUAACUAGAGAACGAAAGUGAACAGAGAAAACACCGUCGAGAUGGACGCCGGCCGCGCCCCCGUGAUGGCCGUCGCGAAUGGGAUCGGUGAGGUGGAGCGGAAGGUGCAGAAGAGCUACUGGGAGGAGCACUCCAAGGACCUCACCGUCGAGUCCAUGAUGCUCGACUCCCGCGCCGCCGACCUCGACAAGGAGGAGCGCCCAGAGAUCCUGUCGUUGCUUCCAUCUUACAAAGGGAAAUCAGUUCUUGAGCUUGGUGCUGGAAUAGGACGCUUUACUGGAGACCUGGCAAAAGAAGCUGGCCACGUUCUAGCACUGGAUUUUAUUGAAAGUGUGAUUAAGAAGAAUGAAAGCAUAAAUGGACACAACAAGAACAUAACUUUCAUGUGUGCUGAUGUAACAUCUCCCGACUUGAAAAUUGAAGACAACUCCUUUGAUCUGAUAUUUUCAAACUGGCUAUUAGUGUACCUUUCAGAUGAGGAGGUUGAGAAGCUUGUGGCGAAAAUGGUAAAAUGGUUAAAGGUAGGUGGCCAUAUAUUCUUUAGAGAAUCAUGUUUUCACCAAUCUGGAGAUUCGAAAAGGAAAGUGAACCCAACACACUACAGAGAACCAAGGUUUUAUACUAAGGUAAUUUUACAAGCCCUCUGUUUCCAGUCUAUCUCAACUUCAAGAGUGGAAUGCUGUCUACAGUACACCUUCCAACGUUACCUGUCCUAACUCUUUGACUGAAACCAGCUCUGGUGUUACAACUUCAAGAGUUUCAUCACCAAGUUUCCAUGAUAGGUAACUGUGUCCAUGAAACUCCCACUGACCUUAAACGGCCUGAUUGUUUGGUUGGACAUGGAGUUUAGGUGGAUUUUACAUUGCCAAAGAGAAAAAGGAGCACCACUGGUCGCUGACGACCGUAUCAUUCCGAGGCAGAAAUGCUCCGCACUCGUGCCUCUAUCUUGCAAUUGCAAGGUUGUAAGAACUGCGCGAGGGGCAUGUCCUCUUGUCUGAAAACGAUCCCAUUUCUUCGCUUCCACAAGAUUUGCGGACCAUUUCUUCUUUCUUUCUCUGUUUUGUUGAUUAUUGAACUUCUGUAAUUUCUUUUCCUAUUAAUAUAUAACUAGUGGAGAUACACGUGACAUAGGCACAUGUUUAAAAAAUAAUAUUUAAAAAUAAUUGAAUUGCAUCAAAUGACUAUUAAAAUUAAAAUUUAUUUAUUAGUAUCAUAGCAAUCCAAUCUCAUCUAAUUAAUUUAAAUAAUAUAUAUUUAUCACUAUCACAACAAUCCAAUCUCAUAAUAUAAAUUUCAAUAACAUAUCAUUAUUAAUUAGUUAUCAUGUAUAUCAUGUAAGAAUACAUUUUCAUAAGCGAGUUUGAAAAAAUAUACCUUCAACUCCAUGCAUCGGAUCAUUUGGUUCCCGUAAACCGAGUCAAACUGAUUUUCUCGAUCAAUAUUUCUAAUGCGUGCCCUAGUUAAUCGAUCGGACUGUUGUUGUGUCAA